AUGAGAAACAGAUUGAGGCUGCCAACAAUAAGCUCCACAUCAUUUACCACAACAGGAAUGGGAGAGCUUCAAGAAACUUUCAAAUUGAAUGAGGUGAAAGUGACCUUGAAGGGCUUACGCAGCUCGAGGAAACUGCAAGGUCUAUCGGUUUUCACCAAGAAAAAACUGAUGUCGACUACUAAAACCGCUCUACUAUCGGAAGCUGACAAAAGCUUCAUUAGAAUGGAGAAAAUCAUAGUUGCUCAGCGAACUUUACGCCCGUCAGAAGUUUCACCUGAUUUACUCAUUGGACAGGACCUCCUAAAUCAAGUGAUCGAACACCACAAUUCAGUUACAAAGCUACCAUCAGGAUUAGUUCUCACUCCAACAGUCUUUGGCUAUACUAUUUCUGGUGCCAGCGGUACACUUCGCCCUAUCAACGGAAAUAGUGAUGCACUAUGUGGUUCGGUCAUUGUAGCUGCUCCUUAUAUUUCGUCGAAAAAAGGCUUCGAAACGGACCUGGACACCUCUGGAGCGGAAGCACCUCUCGUGAACAUCCCAGAUCCUACUCCUAUCCGUUCCGCUGCAAAAGUACGUCUCAAGCGGAUCAGCAGAAUCCCUCCAGAAGGAACACCACGGAAGAAGAGAGGGCCUGUAGGUCAACCAAAAACUACCUUGAGAACCCCCUCAGUAUCACAAGAUGACAAGGGCGUCUUCCCGAGUAAGAACGUUUGUGACACGUUCUAUGCUUUACUGGAUAGCGUGAACGACAUCAAGCGGAAACUGAAUCGGAUGGAGGACCGCUUAAAACGACUCGAUAGAAGGGUGCAUACACUGGAUCUAAGGACGCAGCAAGUGACUCAGACGGAAGUGUGUCGACCGCGAUCAUCUCAGCGCCCUACCGUCCCGACGAGACGACGUUGCUAUAUGAUUGGGCACCAGGCAGCAGACGGCCAAAUUCGGAGCGCCAUACUCCAAUCAUCAACAGGGAGAAUAGCUCAGAGACCAGUCAAUCAACUAACUCCUCUGAAAAUACACUCUUCAUCACACGACCAGAAUAAGGAGUCUUCAACACAUCGAGCAAGAGCCACUACUCCAAGAAAACCGUCAUCAACAUCGAGGAAGAAAGCUGGCGCUCCCAUGAGACGUCAGCCACCAAGAGCUGCAAAGAACCAGGUUCCUCUCUACACCAGCGUCUCCAGAAGCCAGCCACUCGACGCCGUCUACGCAUCGAAAGGCAUUUGUAGAAACUAUCACUGUAUUCAUAGAUACUGA